CUGAUGCAGCGAAACUCGGCAAAACAAAGGUUGCAAAAUUUCGAUUCCGGAAAAACAACCCGAUUCGUCGACGGCUCACUAAUUUCGAAAAGAGUAAUGUAGCGCAGUGGAGAGUGACGAGCAUGAGCCAGAGUUUCAUUAAGCGGAAAAUGAGGCGAAUAAUGGCUGCUUCUGCGUGUGCAUUUGGAGUUCUCAUCUUCUACAUCAAUUGGGUGAACAGUCAUGUAGCUGUGGACAUCCACGACGGUGCUGAAGACGCUUUGAGCCAAAACAAACUUAUCCUGAAGCAAAAUCGUCACGGACCGACCUUUCAGGAGGCUCUGGAAGAUCAUGUCGGUAAUGAAAUAACAUUCAAAACUCCAGCAAAAGGGAAGACGAGUGGUCACGAGAACGACAUCCGAGACAUCGAGGAGGCUAAAUUGAAAAUUAGCGAGCUGCAGGCCAAACUAAUGGAAUUGGAAAAGCGGCUUCCGAAGCAAUUUCCAGAAGUGGACUUCCGCCCGCUGGACAGAAAGAGAAUUUUGAUUACUGGAGGGGCUGGUUUUGUUGGCUCUCAUCUAGUGGACAAAUUAAUGUUGGCAGGACACGAGGUUACAGUGGUCGACAAUUUUUUUACGGGGCGCAAAAGAAAUGUCGAGCACUGGCUGGGCCAUGAGAAUUUCGAGCUGAUUCACCACGACAUAGUUAGACCGUUGUACAUAGAGGUCGACCAAAUUUAUCACCUGGCAAGUCCAGCAUCACCGCCACAUUACAUGUUCAACCCUGUGAAAACAAUUAAGACCAACACCCUUGGCACCAUUAAUGUUCUAGGUUUAGCAAAACGAGUUGGUGCUCGAGUUCUCAUAGCUAGUACUUCCGAAGUUUACGGUGAUCCUGAGGAACAUCCUCAGUCGGAAACAUACUGGGGUCAUGUUAAUCCUAUUGGGCCCAGAGCUUGCUACGAUGAAGGAAAGAGAGUAGCGGAAACUCUCAGUUAUGCUUACAUGAGGCAGGAAAAUGUAAGUGUCCGAGUUGCUCGCAUUUUCAACACCUAUGGCCCCAGGAUGCAUAUGAAUGACGGAAGAGUUGUUUCCAAUUUCAUUCUCCAGGCACUAAAAAAUGAAACAAUGACGGUGUACGGGGCAGGAUCACAAACAAGAUCGUUCCAGUAUGUUUCUGAUCUAGUCGAUGGACUGAUUGCUCUCAUGAAUUCAAACAUGAGCAAACCUGUUAAUUUAGGAAAUCCCAUUGAAAGAACUAUAAAAGAUUUUGCUGUGAUCAUCAAGGACCUUGUUGGAGGCACUAGUGAAAUAAAGUCUGUGGCUGCUGUCGAAGAUGACCCACAGAGGCGCAGGCCUGACAUUUCAAGAGCUAAGCAAUACUUAAAUUGGGAGCCCAAGGUACUGCUUGAGGUGGGCUUGAAGAAGACAGUAGACUACUUCAAGAAAGAACUUAAAAGGUCUAGACACAGCGAGCGAAAUUUUUUCAAGCCUGAUGUUGAUGUUCCGGAUGCCUAAAAUGCGUGUGGCUGGAUUAUUUAAUUUGCCUGUGAGCUCAUUUUCUAUAUUAAUUUGAUGAUGUGACGUCUAUAUUGUCAGUGUGAUGUUCAUGCUUUAUAAGACUGUGCCAAAUUUAAACGCAAUUAUAGUUCAUAUUUUCCUUUGAGUUGAAAAUCUAUUUAUGCCUUAUGAUGGUAUUAAAUUUAAUAUGUAUUUGUUAUUCUGUAAACCCUUAAAUUCCAAACUCAUCAUUUAAAAAGGCUAGUGUGAUGUUUUGAAAUUUUAAAUACCACGUUUGUCACGACUUACAAAAUCACACACCCAAAUUUUGAAAUAAUUGGUGAAGGCUCAUUUUUUUUAUUCCUAUAAAGCUAUCAAUUUUAUUUCAGGUGAUAGCACUACAUUAUUGUGGAAGGAGUGUUUUCGUGAAUGCACACUUUGUGUGGAAUAUUUUGUACUGACAACUAUUGAAUAAAAUAGAAACAAUGAUCUUUGAUAUUGAAGAAAAGAGAA